CUACUUCGAGCUCAUCCUCAAGCACGAGCACUGGUUGGUACGUCCCAGUGCGAAGAUGUUUUCACGACGAGGCGCAAACCCUGGUCCUUGUGCUACAGCUCUGCUCCGACACCAAGAGACAUCCAUGCGCUAUUUCACGAUCGUUCUGCUCCCUAUGAGCAUCGCAUCGCCGGUAUUCGCCCUUCCGGUUUACUGGUGCGUGUUGAGAGUUCUCUGCCUCACCGAUCGCAAGGCUAAGAGUUUGAUACCAUCCAGGAAUGGACUGGCCUGCGGCGAGUUGCCUCAAGGCUCAAAGUGCACUCUUCGACAUGACCUCGAAGCUCGGUACGAUGCUGAUGUAUACGAGUCCCACACGGUGCCCAAGAGGAGACAUCCUGAUAACCUCUAGCUCCCGAAAUCAAAACCGAAACCGCGCGUGAACUAGGUUAGAUAAUGAUAUCUAGUGUGUAUCCCUUCGAAUGCUCAGACUAGUCUGAGGAGUUUGUUUGGCAUAUCACGGCUUCCCGGACAGCAUAAGACAAGAAUCCUACC